UUCAACCUUGGAUUGUGAGUUAUACAUUACGCCUAAGAAUAUCCAAUUUAUAGACUUCAUGUCUUGCCAAUAAACACAUGCGAUUUCGAUGCGAUGGACUAUUUUUGGGAAACACUUCUCUUCUAUUGGGUCUGGUUCUAUGUGCAGCUGCUUCGUUGCCAUGGUGAGGAAUACGGCAACAAGUGUUGAUACCCCGGCGUCAUCAAUCCGCGUGAGCAAAAUCUUCAACCGAUAAACAGGUCAAUAUCAGAGCUUCAAAUGUGUGAAGGACCUUCGUCAAUAUCUGGGCCAAUCCCUCCAGACCCCUCCCUGUUUCCUCAGUACUACAGACGACCUUCCUCAGCUCGAGGCCGUUUAGAGGGAAACAGUGAUGGGACUUUGGCCCUGCUCUCGGGGCCAUUUGCUCCAGAUCCCAUGUUGCACCCUGGCUGCUACAGUGCUCGUACCUCAACACAUCGCCCCCGCAUCGGCCCCAAUGCCACCCAUAUUCUCGAACGAGGACAGAGAGGGGUUGUUGGGAACCUACUUAAACUGGAUGGUGUCUCUAUCUCCCCUGUUCCCAAACAGAAACAGCGAGUACAUGACUUUGGUAAAGAGAAUGUACGUCGGCUUCGGGAGAUCCAGCGACGCUGCAAAGAGCAGGAGGCUGAGAGAGCACAGUCCCGUCCUGUUCCAGUUAAAGCUCUUUGGACCUCCUCAAAAUAUCAGAAUGUCCCAUCCAGGGUGAUGGCUCAGCUACAGGUUUCUUGUCCAACUGCUAAGCCACAAUGUCAGAAUUACCUGAAGGCCCAUUCUAAUGGUGUGUAUGCCGCUGCCCCAAGACACCAGACCAAAACAUCAUCCUUAUCGGCAGAACGCCGGGCCUCCUGCAACUCUACACAAGACCAGGACUUCCAAUUACAGGUACAAGGCCAGGCCAUUGACUUCAUAAGGCAUAAUGCCCGGGCUGCAGGGAAAGCUGUGCUACGUCGGACCCAGUCAUUGACAAGUCUUAAAGAUAAGCCUGUGCCCAGUGCAAUCAAAGGACAGGUGCCUCAGUACCUUGAAGAAAGGAAGGAGCAGUGGCGUAAAGAGCAGGAGGAGAAGAGGAGGAACGCGCCUGAUCCUACUGUCCCAGCUGGUCACUCUCUGAUGCCUGAGAGCGAGAGACAGGAAACACUGAAGUCCCUGAAAGAAACCCACCGCUCCUUGGUGACAGAGCUGCUCUCACUCCCCCUCAAAGCGGACAGUCUCAGCGUUCGUUCACGGCGGGCUCAACUCGAUUGUCGGCUUUCUGAAAUUGAGGAGGCGAUUAAAAUAUUCUCCAGAGACAAAGUUUAUAUAAAAAAUGACUCCUAAGGCAUAAGGAGGAAGAUGACGAGGACGAGGAGUAAGAUGAAAGGGGAGGAGAUCAUCCUGUAAAUCCACUGCUUGAAAUUUGUAUUAAUUUUGUCUUUGCAUUGUGUCACAUAACACUGAAUUUUGUGAAACAGAUGAUCAUGUUUAUGUUGUGGAAGCAUUUUGUACGCUACAAAAAAAAAGCAUUACUAAAAACACAAAAUACAUACUGCUAUUUAAUGUACAUUAGUCUUUUGCAAGUAAAAAGAGGAAGAUACUCUGUAAACUAGACAAAACAAUAACCAUUAGCUCUCGUAGCUCUUGUUUGUAUUUGUAUAAAACUUUGGUGAAUAUUUAGGUUUCUGUAUGUGUACAUUUUUUUUUAAUUCUUUAAUAUUAAGCUUACCAAGCACUGCAUUGUGUACACAGUCGAUAUUGCAUCAAAUAAAUUAUUUUAUUUGUUUGAAAUAAAAAAUCUAAUUUUGAGCAUCA